AGAGCCGUAUAUCCAUCCAGUCGUCUGGCAGCUGGUUCAAAGUGUAUGGUCCGUAGUGUGGUCGGUUUCCUCUUUAUUAAAAGAACCUCUUUUACUUGAUAAUCGGAAUUGAUGUCUUUGGUAGAAAAUGAGGGCUGUUUCAUUUCUGGACAAGGUGGAGUACGAGUUUGUCGGAAAUUUCCUGCAAGAUGCGAUAUGCCUGGGCGACGCGGACAAUGACAAGGGCAUUGAGUUGGUGGCGGCCAACCUGCACGGGGAUCUGGCAGUCUUCAAGUACCGGCAGUCAAGGCCCUGGGCCACCGCUUCGGACCUGGGUGCGGUGGCAUCCGUCGUCGUGGGCGAGAUAACCAACGACUCACAGAACAAGAUUGUGAGCAUCAGCUGCGACGGCUGGUGCAACAUCUUCGCCCUGCAGAGUGACGCUACGGAGGAGGAGCGCAAGCACAUGGCGCCGUUGCACAGUCAGCGGCUGCCGGCAAACACCAAGAUGGCCCUGCUCGCAGACAUCAAUGGCGACGGCAAGGUGGAGCUGAUCUUGGGCCUGACGGACAGGGUGGUCAGGACCUACCAGUGGACCUGCUUCUUGGAGAACGGCAGUGAGGGCAAGCUGGUCGGCCUCCAGAAGUGGGAGUUUGCCAACCAGGUGGGCACCAUCUCGCUGAGUGCGAACCAGGCGGGGGGCCUGGCCCUGCUGGUGGCCCAGCCUGGAGGCACCUACACUAAGCUGGACUUCGGCAGCAGCACCCCAGACAGCGGGGAGGCGGCGCAGGUGUGCCCGCAGCACCACAAGCUGGACUCGUCCCACAUGCGCAACCCCAACGUGUCCUCGGCCAUCCUGGGAGGGGUGAGGGGCACCCGGGACGGACGGCUCACCGACUCCCUCAUGGCCCUGGCCACACUCGACGGCACCCUGAUGCUGGUGGAUGGGGACAACAUCCUCUGGUCGCUGCAGGUGGACCACCAGCUGUCGGCACUCACCAAGCUAGACAUCGUGGGGGACGGCCGGGACGAGGUGAUAGCGUGCGCCUGGGACGGCCAGACGUACAUCGUGGACGAGGACCGGCAGUCGGUGCGCUUCCAGUUCGACGAGGCCGUCUGCACCUUCACCGCAGGCCAGCUGACCCUGAGCCCGGGCGUGACCCUGCCCUGCCUGGUGUACGCCACCUUCGGACACCGCAUCGUGGCCUACUACAACGUCACCUUCCCCAACAUGGCCACCCAGGCGCUGCUCGAGGAGCCCCACCUGCGGGCACGGCUCGAGGAAGGCCUUCCAGAGGGGGUGGACCCCCGCAAGCUCGUGCACUGGUGCCUGUACGGUUCGCACACGGUGCUGGCCGGCCGUUCUACGGGCGAGACGAGCGAGGACCGCCUGUGCUGACACGUGCCCAGCCGGCGGCAACAUUGGCCGAACGCAUCGACUUGGGGGAAACCAGGCUACACUCGUCCAGGGAGAGCAUUGCGCUGCCCCUCUGCAAAGGAGACUCGGAGAACGGCACAGGGGCAUCGCGGGUUGCAAUGGCCGUCAAACAGCAGCCGAACUGCAACAAGCCGGAAAGAGCGCUUGCCGAGUGGCGUUCAUCGAUACCUUCGAGCCCCAUCCGGACUCCUUCUGCUCCAGUUUUUCGAGAAUUGCCCUCCCGCCCUCCCAGCCGAGCGGAGUGGUGUCGUUGAGUAGAACACUUUGCCGUCAUCCCCCAUGUUUCGGUAGAACCCUGAAGAGUUGUUUUCCGGGUGACCGCAGUAAAAACAACAUACAAUCUGAAAAAGCGCAAAGACGGAUAACACUCGGAACGACUGUAGACAAGGUGGGAACUGGCUCUUGCCCGACAGUUUGCCUUGUGUGGGCUUCCACAACUGCGAAGAACCAGCCUUUUUGUUAGAAUAAAUUAUAAGUGGACUCCUUUUUUCGCCACUGUUUGAGAUUGGGGGCCAACCUGUAACGUCUACCAAAGGGUGUCGACACAAACAAUGAGCAGAAUAUUUGCUCCAGGCGAGGACUAUUUUUGUCGAAACCCUUUUUUAAGUUUUAUUAAAUUAAAAGCAGCUUGCAAAAAGAUGGACAAAGUUAGAAGCACACAGAACGAGCACUGUGCUGUCAACUGAACACUUACUGAAAAAGCGGCUCGAACGAGAAACCACCCUAAAAUCAAACGCCAUACAACAAUGACAUGUCGCUCACCACACAUCGAUAGAAUCUAUCUUUUUUUUAUGUAGGUAAAUUGAAGCCUGGCUUAUGCAGUGCUUUCUGCCUGCUUUUUCUAUUGCUUGUGUCUCCAACACCUCUCUUUCCACUUUUGCACGUCCCUUGCCAAUGAUUUAUUUAUUUUUUACCCUCAGGGCGAGGGCGUUACAGAGGGCAGUGAGGUACACAAGUAAAAAAAAAAAAGAGAGAGAGAAAAAAAAACAGAUGUUUACAAUUCUCUAUAAUGCUAAAUUAGAGCGCAGCUCUUGAAGAGGAGGAGAGGAGGGUAUGUCCCUCUGUACUCUCCCCUCCCAUUUAGCGUGAAAUAUUUUCUAAAUUUCCCCGCUCAAUUCAGCAAGAAAAUUUUCCCAUAAUGCAAUGUGCGGUUACACCCGCUUCCAUUAUUCCCAUAAUGCCAAGCAUGCGGUUACGCCAACGCCGAUGGAGACGCCACUCAAGCUGGAAAAGGGCGCCUAAGAGCUGCGCUCUUGAACAGCAUAGAGUAAAAAGAUUAUACAGUACAGCUCUUUAUAAGAAAGGUUAGUUAUGGAAGUUCUAAAAUGCGUGCUAUCAGGGAUUUGGCAAUGGCCCUGAGAAGCUGAUUCUACAAAGUUGUGUAGCUGUUACUAAAAGGGUCAUGAAAACGUUUUGUGUGACUAGAUUUAAUGUCAACUUUGUGAUGGUGAUUAAUGCAUGCUGAAACAUAGGGUAAUGAGGUGCUGUUACUAGCCUUUCAGAAUCUGGUUGUUAUGAUAGAUGAGGCAUCUUCAAAGAUUGGGCGACGCAGGAUGUCUCUGAAUCAUAAUGCAACACUUCAGUUAGGAUGAAGCUUCUCUCCCCUCGCUCUUUUACAACCAGUAGUUUAUUUAGCCUGUAAACAUAACUUCUAUAAGAUGCCUGCAAAAGCACCUCCUCCGCACGUGGCGUCAAUUUUCCCGCUAAAUCUAGCGGAGAAACUGAAUUUGUUCAUAGGUGACGUCGCACAAUGCAUUGCGACGUCAUUUUUCCUCGCUAAGUUAGCGGGUAAACUGAAUUGGGUGUUGAGGUCACGUGGUGUCAAUUUUCCUAAUAAAUUUAGUGGAGAAUUGAAUUGCUGUUGAGGUCAUGUGACGUCAAUUUUUCCAAUAAGUCUAGCGGAGAACCUGGAUUUGUUCAUGGGUGACUUGACACCGAUUAAUGCGACGUCAUUUUACCUGCUAAAUUUAGCGGGGAAUUGAAUUGGUGUCGAGGUCACGCGACAUCAAUUUCCCCGCUAAAUUUAGCACGGUUACGCCAACGUCGUGAAACCCGGAAACAGACGCCUAAGAACUGCUCUCUAAAAAGAAGUUUCACAGCCACGUGACUUCUGGCAGCCAUUUCCUCCUCUAUAUUUCCCCUUUCCAGGUUCGAUUUUGGGCAGUUGCCUUUUGUUACUUUAUAAAAAUGUGUGACGCUGUAGCAAUACAAGUUUUUUGGGGGUGUCAUUGUCCCUUUAAAUGAGUCGUGUCAUUCAAAAUAAAAGGUCAGAGAGUUGUA